UUAAUUAAAUCAAAAGCAUAACACCACCCCCAACACAGGAGAUCUUCCUUAAUAAAACUUGCAAUGAACGGGCUAACAGUGGUACGGUCGCCGUCGAUGAUCCAACGGCGACAGCCCCUCUUAGCCCCAGAUGUCAGUCAGCUAAAGAGAAAACAAAAGUUCGGCGAGAUGGCCGGCGGGACGGCAGCAGAUUGCGCGGCGGUGUGUUUGCUGCCCAUGUGCGGUGAUGAAUCUGGUGGUGCUAGCUGUGUACAAGGUGCCAGCCGGACUGUGCAGGAGGCAUGGAGUAAGCAGAAAAAACGACGGCGUAUUGCGAGGAGAAAACAGGUGGGUGGGCUUUUGAUGGGGCCCAGUGGGGGGUCAUUGUUAGAUCAUAGGGCCCAAAUGGAAGAUUUGUUGGAAGCAAUGAGCACGGAGGAUACCGAGUCGGUUCUUGAAUUGGAAAAGGAGAUAUGGGAACGAUUUCAAGGAGCUGGAUUUUGGAGGAGUCCUACUCGAAAGGAAGAAGAGGCUCACCCUCACAGUCAUUAAAGAAUAAUUUAAUAUGGCAAUUAUUGACAUAUUCACAUUGGAUUUGGUCUAUAAUUAUUUUCCUCGCUAGAUUUAAAUUCAUAAGGAGAUUUUACUACGAGGGGUUUGCAGGAAAAUGAAAUUGGAAAAAGGUAAGUAUCUACGUUUUACAGUUUGGGAAUUGUAGAUUUUUACUUUUUCUAAUUGUAAAUGUCUUGUAAUUUAGCUCUGCAGUUUGGUAUUCUUUA